UUCUAGUCCACCGACACUCUCCCGCCCUACCUCUCCUCUCCAUUUUCUUUAAAAAUCCACUCGUUAAUCCCCUCCCCUCCCACCGACGCUGCCGCCUCGGCUGCUUCUUCUUCCUCGGCGCGGCGCCGUACCCAGUGAAGAAUCCCAGACAUUCCGCGCAGGAGGAGAUGGAAAUCUGCUGCUAGAGUGAGCAGCUGGUAACCUGCGUCGGCAGCGGCGGCGGAGGAGGGGGAGGCGGAAGCCAUGGAGGCGAGCGCCGGGCUGGUCGCCGGCUCCCACAACCGCAACGAGCUCGUCGUCAUCCGCCGCGACGGCGAUCCCGGGCCGAAGCCGCUGCGGCAGCAGAACGGGCAGGUGUGCCAGAUUUGCGGCGACGACGUCGGCCUGACCCCCGCCGGGGAGCCCUUCGUGGCGUGCAACGAGUGCGCCUUCCCCGUCUGUCGCGACUGCUACGCGUACGAGCGCCGCGAGGGCACGCAGAACUGCCCCCAGUGCAAGACCCGCUACAAGCGCCUCAAGGGUUGCGCGCGCGUGCCAGGGGAUGAGGAGGAGGACAACGUCGACGACCUGGAGAACGAGUUCGACUGGAAGGACAGGCACGACUCCCAGUAUGUCGUCGAGUCCAUGCUCCAUGGCCACAUGAGCUACGGCCGCGGAGCCGACCUUGAUGGCGUUCCGCAUCCUUUCCAGCCGAACCCCAAUGUUCCCCUCCUCACCAACGGGCAGAUGGUUGAUGACAUCCCGCCAGAGCAGCACACGCUUGUGCCAUCUUUCAUUGGUGGCGGAGGGAAGAGAAUCCACCCACUUCCGUAUGCGGAUCCCAACUUACCUGUGCAACCGAGGUCUAUGGACCCUUCCAAGGAUCUUGCUGCUUAUGGGUAUGGUAGCGUCGCGUGGAAGGAGAGGAUGGAGAGCUGGAAGCAGAAGCAGGAGAGGCUUCACCAAAUGAGGAAUGACGGUGGUGGUGAUGAUAGCGAUGAUGCUAAUCUUCCACUAAUGGAUGAAUCUAGACAACCAUUGUCCAGAAAGAUUCCAAUUCCAUCAAGCCAGAUCAAUCCAUAUAGAAUGAUUAUCAUUAUUCGACUUGUGGUUUUGGGGUUCUUCUUCCAUUAUCGAGUGAUGCAUCCGGUGCAUGAUGCAUUUGCUUUGUGGCUCAUAUCUGUAAUCUGUGAAAUAUGGUUUGCCAUGUCUUGGAUCCUUGAUCAAUUCCCAAAGUGGUUCCCUAUUGAGAGAGAGACUUACCUAGACCGGUUGACACUGAGGUUUGACAAGGAAGGCCAGCCUUCUCAACUUGCUCCAAUUGACUUCUUUGUCAGUACGGUUGAUCCCUUAAAGGAACCUCCUUUAGUCACAGCAAAUACUGUUCUUUCUAUCCUUGCGGUAGAUUAUCCAAUUGAUAAGGUUUCUUGCUAUGUUUCUGAUGAUGGUGCUGCAAUGCUAACAUUUGAAGCAUUGUCUGAAACAUCUGAAUUUGCAAAGAAAUGGGUUCCUUUCAGCAAAAGGUACAAUAUUGAACCUCGUGCUCCAGAGUGGUACUUUCAACAGAACAUAGACUACUUGAAAGAUAAAGUGGCGGCGAACUUUGUUAGGGAGAGGAGAGCAAUGAAGAGAGAGUAUGAGGAGUUCAAGGUCAGAAUCAAUGCCUUGGUUGCUAAAGCCCAGAAAGUUCCUGAAGAAGGAUGGACAAUGCAAGAUGGAACACCCUGGCCUGGAAACAACGUUCGUGAUCAUCCUGGAAUGAUUCAGGUCUUCCUUGGCCAAAGUGGUGGCCAUGAUGUUGAGGGAAAUGAGCUGCCACGAUUGGUUUAUGUUUCAAGAGAAAAACGGCCGGGCUAUAACCAUCACAAGAAAGCUGGUGCUAUGAAUGCAUUGGUCCGGGUCUCUGCUGUACUAACUAAUGCUCCAUAUAUGUUGAACUUGGAUUGUGAUCACUACAUCAACAACAGCAAGGCUAUAAAGGAAGCAAUGUGUUUUAUGAUGGAUCCUUUGCUAGGAAAGAAAGUUUGCUACGUGCAAUUCCCUCAAAGAUUUGAUGGGAUUGAUCGUCAUGACCGAUAUGCUAACAGGAAUGUCGUAUUUUUCGAUAUCAACAUGAAAGGUUUGGAUGGUAUUCAAGGUCCCAUCUAUGUUGGUACUGGGUGUGUCUUUAGAAGACAGGCGCUAUAUGGUUAUGAUGCCCCCAAAUCAAAGAAGCCACCAUCAAGGACUUGCAACUGCUGGCCCAAGUGGUGCUUCUGCUGCUGCUGUUUUGGUAAUAGGAAGCACAAGAAGAAGACUACAAAACCUAAAACAGAGAAGAAAAAAAGAUUGUUUUUCAAGAAAGAGGAAAAUCAAUCCCCUGCAUAUGCUCUUGGUGAAAUUGAUGAAGGUGUUCCAGGUGCUGAAAAUGAAAAGGCUGGUAUUGUAAAUCAACAAAAGUUAGAAAAGAAAUUUGGCCAGUCUUCUGUUUUUGUUACAUCCACACUUCUGGAGAAUGGUGGGACCCUGAAGAGUGCUAGUCCAGCUUCUCUUCUAAAAGAAGCUAUACAUGUCAUUAGUUGUGGUUAUGAAGACAAGACAGACUGGGGAAAAGAGAUUGGCUGGAUCUAUGGAUCAGUUACAGAAGAUAUUCUUACUGGCUUCAAGAUGCACUGUCAUGGUUGGCGGUCAAUUUACUGCAUACCUAAACGGGUUGCAUUCAAAGGUUCUGCACCUCUGAAUCUUUCAGAUCGUCUUCACCAGGUUCUUCGGUGGGCUCUUGGGUCUAUUGAAAUUUUCUUCAGCAAUCAUUGCCCUCUUUGGUAUGGGUAUGGUGGUGGUCUGAAAUGUUUGGAAAGAUUUUCCUACAUUAACUCCAUUGUAUAUCCUUGGACGUCUAUUCCCCUCUUGGCUUACUGUACAUUGCCUGCCAUCUGUUUGUUGACGGGAAAAUUUAUCACUCCAGAGUUAAACAAUGUUGCCAGCCUCUGGUUCAUGUCACUUUUUAUCUGCAUUUUUGCUACAAGCAUCCUAGAAAUGAGAUGGAGUGGUGUAGGUAUUGAUGAUUGGUGGAGGAAUGAGCAAUUUUGGGUCAUUGGAGGUGUGUCCUCGCACCUGUUUGCUGUGUUCCAAGGACUUCUCAAGGUCAUAGCUGGUGUAGAUACAAGCUUCACUGUGACAUCAAAGGGUGGAGAUGAUGAAGAGUUCUCAGAGCUGUAUACAUUCAAAUGGACUACCUUAUUGAUACCUCCCACCACUCUGCUCCUAUUGAACUUCAUUGGUGUGGUUGCUGGCAUUUCCAAUGCAAUCAAUAACGGAUAUGAGUCAUGGGGGCCCCUCUUUGGGAAACUCUUCUUUGCAUUUUGGGUGAUUGUUCAUCUGUAUCCGUUCCUCAAAGGUUUGGUUGGAAGGCAAAACAGGACGCCAACAAUUGUCAUUGUCUGGUCCAUUCUUCUGGCUUCAAUCUUCUCACUCCUCUGGGUCCGGAUUGAUCCUUUCCUAGCGAAGAAUGAUGGUCCUCUUUUGGAGGAGUGUGGUUUGGAUUGCAACUAGGAGGUCAGCACAUCAACUCCCCCAUCAGCGUGUGCUUGAAGGAAUAUAUUUGCAAGUGUUUGUGCCCAUAUUUACACCUUCCCCUCUGUAUAGAUAGAGACAUGGAAAGUCUCGUGUUUCUUUUUUCCUUGGUGGUGGUGUGCUCAGCCUCAUAUCUGAAGUAUUGGGGAAAAAGGAGGCUGUGGUGUCCUUCAGUUCCAUCGUGGAAUACAGCAUGUGCAUGUGUUUGAUUGCUCAGCAUUCUUUAUUACUUGGGCGCAAAAUUAAUCGGGUGAGCCGAACAGGAAGGUGUUUAAUUCUGCACUGCUCUCCAUGUACAAACUUGUUACUCAAUAAGGCAGGCAGGAAUGGAUCUGCCAUUGGAACAGAGCAACAUGCACAGUAUUUAUGUAGUGAAUUAUGUUUGCCUGCGCGGUGAAGGGUUUGUUCGUUACAUGUUCGUCUAUACUAGAAAAAAGCAGACUAUCAGUGUUAGUGUGUAGCACAAUGUGUUGUAAAGGUGCCGGUUAUUUGUCGUGUAUUUGUAAUCGUGCCGUUGACAUUUUCAAAGAAAGGCUGUAAGGAUGACUGUGACUAGAUACAAAACAAUAUAAUGUUGAUUAUUCCUGUUCAUGGAACAAGAUGAUAUCAUUUCUGCUGUA